AUGGAUGGAGAUGCUCCCACCAAUCAUAUUGAGGCGGCUAUUGACAUAAAGCUACGUGGCUUGAGUAAUGCUCAUAAAGACCAUCCUUGCAUAUUUAAAGUGCAUAAGCAAUUACUUAAGGUAAAUGAGAAUGCUUACACACCCGCGCUACUUGCCAUCGGUUCUUACAACGACAAUGGCCAGGGGCAUAUGGAAGAGCAUAAACUUCGGUAUCUGGAGCAAAUGCUUGAAAGGAGAAAUGAAAUCAGUCUGGAAGAAUACAUCAAUGCCUUAAGAAAUUUGGAAGUAAGAGCCCAGAAUUGCUAUGCCGAACGCAUUCCCCUGGAAACAAAUGAGUUUGUAGAAAUGAUGCUACUUGAUGGGUGUUUCAUCAUUGAGCUUUUCCGAAAGUAUGAAAUGCGGAAUCUAAUUGAUGAGCAUGAUCCAAUCUUCCAAAUGAGCUGGAUGCUUCCUGAAAUAGCCCGUGAUCUAUUGUUAUUUGAAAAUCAACUUCCAUACUUUGUUCUUACUACAUUGUUUGAGAUGAGUGAUAUCUGUGAAAUUACGCCCUGUGGUGAAAGCUCAGCCUCCAUAGAUCAGAAUGUCCGAAGACGACUUGGUGAUCUUGCCAUUUCUUUUUUCUCUGGCUCAUUACCAUUUCAACUGAAUGUCAAUGGAUUAAGUUCUUCUUCAACCACAACUAUUAAGCAUCUACUUGGUCAGACGCAUACAACUAUCACUCCUACACUGGCAAAGCUGGUAAAUGAGCAUCUAAAGGUUGUAGACAAAGUCAUGAAGAAGGUAGAAUUUAAACAUCUACUUGAUCUGAUAUAUACAUUUAUCAAGCUUUCAGUACUUGAUAUGGAAGUAGAUCGUGCCAUAGAACGUCACGAGGUUGCAGUUAAGCUCAAUAUAGGAGACAGAUUUAAGCAAUAUUUAUUUGGCCUGAUACGAAGUGUUGUAAGUCUUUUAGAUGAAAAACUCGAAAAGAUGAAGGGCGGCUAUAAGAAAGUGAAUAAGAAUGAUGGCUGGAAUGAGGAUGAUGGCUCAAUACCAUAUGGAAAGGAGCUUCGUGAGGCUGGAGUAGAAUUUGAGAUGGCAAAGAAAUUUAAGGAUAAAUUACUGGAGAAUAAACGCUGGAAGUCAAUAUCUGAUGCCAUUGCAUUUCAAGAGGUUGGAGUUGAGAUCGAGAAGGCAGAGAACUUUAUAAGGGAGCUAUCUCAUCCAAAUAGGAAUAAAGAUGUGAAGAAAAAACUGAUUGAAAACUGGAACACAAUUCCUGACGGAAGAGAACUUAGAAAGGUUGGAGUCGAAUUCAAGAAGGCAAAGAAAUUUGUGGCUACAAAAGAUAUGAUGAAGUCAAUAUAUAAUGCAACGGCGCUUAAAGAGGCUGGAAUCAAAUUCCAGAAGGCAAAGCAUCGUACCACAUUUGCCUGCAUAAAGUUUAGCAAUGGGGUAUUGGAAAUACCGCCUUUGAGAAUAGAAGAUGAAACUGAGUCUUUCUUACGGAAUCUAAUUGCAUAUGAGCGAUAUAGUCGGCCACACACUGAUAUUAGUCCAGAAACUAAUAUUGAUUGCGUUACCGACUAUGCAUGCUUCAUGGAUGAUCUCAUUAGCUCUCCAAAGGAUGUUGAAUUACUUCGUCAAAAUGAAAUUAUCGAAAAUUGGUUGGGUGAUGAUGAAGUUGCUUCCAGCAUGUUCAACAAGCUUUGUCACCAUGUUGUUUCAGACUAUCCGGCCCGCAGUACUUUUGCUCAAACUUCCAUUGAUAUGAAUAAGCACUGCGCCAAAAGAUGGAAUGUAUGGAUGGCAACAUUAAGGCACAAUUAUUUCAAUAGUCCUUGGUCUGUGCUUUCAGUCUUGGCGGCUAUCUUAGUGCUUGGACUUGCAAUUUUUCAGACCGUAUUUUCCAUUAUUAAUAAUUAG